CAUUUCGUGUCGAAGAUCACAAGUUCGUAACAGUUCCGAGAAUGAAGCUGCGGUUGAGACAUCACGAGACGAGAGAAACCCUAAAACUUGAAUUGGCCGAUGCAGACACUCUCCAUGAUCUCCGGCGACGGAUCAAUCCCACGGCGCCUUCCUCCGUUCAUCUAUCGCUUAAUCGUAAAGACGAGCUCAUCACACCUUCGCCGGAGGAUACGCUCCGAUCUCUUGGUUUAAUAUCCGGUGACCUAAUUUACUACUCUCUUGAGGCUGGCGAAUCUUCGGGUUGGGAAUUGAGAGAUUAUGAAACCCUAGCUCCUCAAUCAGAGAGUAAUCAGGCGAUUGUUCAUGAAUCCAUGGGUAUUGGAUUCGCAGAGGUUGAUUCUAAUCCGAAUUCCGGCGUAGAAGAUCCAGCGGAAGGAUCCAAGGGGGAAAAUUCGGGUAUGGAGGAUCCAGAGCCGAUGGAUGUUGAGCAGCUUGACAUGGAGCUCGCUGCCGCUGGAAGCAAGAGGUUAAGUGAACCAUUCUUCUUGAAAAACAUAUUGCUUGAGAAAUGUGGUGAUACUAGUGAAUUGACUACUUUGGCUUUGUCAGUACAUGCCGUUAUGUUAGAAUCUGGAUUCGUGCUUUUCGAUUCUGGCUCUGAUAGGUUUAACUUUUCAAAGGAGUUACUUACUGUAUCCUUAAGGUAUACUCUACCUGAGCUAAUUAAGUCUGAGGAUACCAAUAAGAUCGAGUCAGUUACUGUGAAGUUUCAGAACUUAGGCCCUGUGGUUGUAGUUUACGGAACUGUAGGUGGGUCGAGUGGGCGAGUGCAUAUGAAUCUUGAUAAGCGUAGGUUUGUGCUCGUUAUCGAUUUGGUUAUGGAUACUUCGAAAUCUGAUGAAGAAGGCUCUUCGAGCAUCUAUCGUGAAGUGUUCAUGUUCUGGAGAAUGGUUAAGGAUUGUCUUGUUAUCCCGUUGUUGAUUGGUAUUUGCGAUAAAGCUGGCUUGGAACCUCCACCGUGCUUGAUGCGCUUACCAUCAGAGCUAAAGCUGAAGAUACUAGAGUUGCUUCCUGGUGUGAGUGUUGGAAAUAUGGCUUGUGUUUGUACAGAAAUGAGGUAUCUGACAUCAGACAAUGACUUGUGGAAACAGAAAUGCUUGGAAGAAGUUGAUAAUUUUGUUGUCACAGAAGCGGGUGAUUCAGUUAAUUGGAAGGCGAGAUUUGCUACUUUUUGGAGGCAAAACCAGCUUGCUGCUGCUAGUGCUACUUUUUGGAGGGAAAACCAGCUUGGAAGACGGAACAUUUCCAUGGGAAGAAGCACCAUACGAUUCCCUCGAAUCAUUGGAGACCCUCCUUUCACAUGGUUUAAUGGGGAUCGCUUGCAUGGAUCUAUCGGUAUUCACCCAGGACAACCGGCACGUGGGCUUGGAGGACGAACAUGGGGACAGCAGUUUACUCUCAGAUGCAACCUUGGGGGACUCAACUAGCAAACAAACCGGGUGAGAAAAUGGAACUUGUGAAUCUUUUGAAGGUAGGAGAAGUAGGUGUAUAUGGCUUUUCCGAUAUCAGCAAAUAAAUUGGGAGGAUACUG